AUGUCUGCCAAAAUACCGAGGUCGCCAGAACACGAGCGGCAAACCUUCCCGAGCUGCCAGCACGCAGGCUCCAGACUCCCGCCGGCCUCCUCCGUCCCACUCCGCCUCCUUUACGGAGUUGUGACGAAAACGCCUCUCGCUUCCCUCAUUGGCCGACUUCAGCUUCCGCAAAACGGCGCCGCGCGGAAAGGGAAAGACGAAUCCGGCAUGUUCGUUCCUCUGAGGUGGCUCCGCGAGCCGCCCCGUCACCUGCUCGUCUGCGAGAAGAGCCACGUGCGGCACGAGCGCUCCCGCCACGCGGCUCACGUGCGGGACCACGCCUUCAACUGCCGGGUGACCUUUUUGAUCCCUGACUGUGGAAUAGUUCCAGAAGCAUUACAAAGUGCAGUUACAAGUCUAGGGGAGUACUACUUGGUGAAGAACUUACCUCUGCAUGAGUUAGUUACAGAGGAAUUUAUUAACACAUUUGUGAAGAAAGGAUCAUGUUACGCUCUUACAUAUCAUACAAGAAUCGAUCAAGACAAUACUGCUGCUUUGCUGCCCACAGGGAAACUAAUUUUAUCAGUGGACAAAGACACUUAUGAAGAACUUGGUUUGCAAGGCCAUCCAUCUCGGUAUUCUGGUAAAAAACGAAUGAGAUAUAUUAUUACUGUUGACUUGACGGAACCAACUUUUGGUCCCGAUAGUAAGAAAAAUAAGAGAGUGAUCUGGGCCCUGAAGGAGAAAAAGCCUCUAGAGUUUGACUUCCUGCUGGCUUGGCACCACACAGGGUCAGAAGAAUCAACAUUGAUGUCAUACUUUUCCAAAUACCAAAUACAGGCCUUGCAGCCAACAGUAACAUUCAGCACAUUAAGAAAUGUGCAGUGUCCAGUGCUGGAGAAUAAUAAACUGAAAGGGGAACCAGAAGUAGCAUGCAGUGCUCAGGAAUUCUUUGAAUGGCUAGGUGCCAUUGUCAGCUGUGUUGGCUUAGACAACUCAUCCUCUAGCUUCUUAUCAACCUAUUCAUGCCCUCAGCCAAGCACCUUUGUUGACCAAGUUUUGUUGUGUACGAUAACUGGCUUUAUCCUUCCAGAGAAGAUAAUGCAUUUAUUGGAACAAAUAUGCUGCUAUUUCGAAGAACCAAAGUUGGCUGAAUGGAUAUCUCUGGUAGUUCAUGGCUUUGCUGACAGCCCUGUUUCGUGGAGAGAAAGCGAACAUGGUUUCCUGAGAGGUGGAGAGAAUUUAUAUAACUUUGUCAUUUUUCGGAGCCUGGACUACUGGCUCCAAAUGGCAGUUGGAGCUCAUGAUGACUGUCCUUAAGUAAUAUAUACAUACAAGGACAAUUAAUUACUGUUUCUAAAAGGUGGAUGACAUUAUCUAUCCAAAUUUAAUUGAAGGGAAAUAAUGUGGAGUUUCAUCAUUUAAGCACAUGUUUAUUUCAGAACAGUUAUUACUUCUGUUUGUUUUUUAAAUGGUUAAAAUUUAAGUGUUCUGUUCCUGUCCUUCAAAGUUCUGAAGUACAGACAAUACAAAACCUGGGAAUUUGGGAAGUGACUGCUGCAAUCCCAACAUUUAUAAACCAAGCCAAAAAAGCUACUGAAAGAACUCAUGACAAAAUGCCCACUUAUCCCACUUCGCAGUCAAUUGGCAAUCAAUAGGGGACAGUGGAAAGAGUUUAAAACUGAAAGCAGACUUGUCCUAUUUCUGGGAUACACAUUUGUUCAAAAAUGCUGUUUCUAAUAAUGUGUUUUUAGUUGUUACCUGCAUUAUCGAUGUGAAAAAUUACAUGUUUGGG